UCUGGAGGGUAUGCGCGGGGAGCCGGGUGGGGCAAAGCUAUAAAAAGACGCAGGUGAGGGGCGGAGGCCAGUCGGCUCCGAUCUGUCAAACGAUUCGUGUACAGUACUCCGCCGGCUGCGCAUUCACCUUCACUAUACAGUAUACGCUCAGUUCGUCAUCAUAUUUGGUGCGUAGCUGUCCGCUCGAAAACGAUGUGGCUGAUCGGUGAAAUUAGUACCAGUGCGUGAUCUUGCACGUGGUUCCACACCUGAUCGUGAUCGACCAACCAGAGAGAGAGAGAAAGAGAGGACUGUCACUCCACGAAGACGCAAAGCAACUGCAAAGUAAACAGGACGCAGGCAGUAAGCUCUUCGCUCUUCACGUGCUGCAUUAACGCCUUUGGUGUUCGACGCACAGCUCUUUUCCGGCGAUCGAUAGGCACACGCGCGGUGGGUGGUGUGUAUGUGUGUGUGCGGUGACGCGCUGUCGUCGAACGAUCACCCAGACCCAGCAGCGGCAGUGUGCUCGCGAGCGAGGGUCGAGAGGAAAGAGCCGAGCGCCGGAUCGAUCGAUUCCGGCCGUGUAAUUCUCUGAUCGCCGCCGCUACCUGCAUGAAGGCGAUGGUGGUGAGCCCGGUGAGCGGCAGAGUGCCGCCCAACCAUCGCGGCGUACUGCACAACGGUCUGGGGAUCGGCGGCACCAGACGCGACCUCGAGGCCGAGGAAGUCGCCGCUUACCUCACCAAGCUGCGCUCCCUCGUGCCGGACAUGCCGCGCAAGCGGAAGCUGUCGAAGCUCGAGGUGAUCCAGAGGGUGAUCGAGUACAUCUGCGACCUGCAGACCGCUCUGGAGGAGACGAACGCGGCGCAUCAGGACGCGAAGACGAUGACGACGGCGAUGGCGACGGCGACGGCGACGGAAUCGACGACGCAGUCAUCCUCGAGGCAACCCAUGCUGAACACCAUCACGUCGACCGCCACGACGACCACUACGACGUCCGUCGUAACCGCGACGGUCGCCGAUCGGUGACCUGUUGGUCGGACCCACUAGGGUACAGGUCACAUCGAGGCCACCCUCCUCGUGGAUUAAAUGGAUCGCUCUGCUCUUCGAAAAGGACGCCCGUCCGCCGAUCUACUCUCGAUCUGGGCAGUCACGGGAGGAGGUAUCGAUCAUCGCCCGGAAGAGAAACCUACCCGGGAGACCACGUUCGAGGAACGCACCUACAUCCGAAGACGAGAACGUAUUUUGAUCAAAGAGACAUUUUGAUCAAAAAAAAAAAAAAAAAAAAAAAAAAAGAGCGAGUCCAGCACUGGUUUUUACCCUUCUCUUCCGCGAAGGGAAAUUGUAAAUACAUUUGUACAUACGCUCAUCGCCAUUCCACACGAGAUCUCUCACGGUUAUAAGGACCCGGCACAAAUUUCCUCUAUCCCUCUUCUUUUUCGUUCUCCCCUAGGAUCUUAUCAUUCCAAUUUUUCUUUUCUAACCGACCGCGCGACACCGAUCGAAUCGGCCGCGAGACCAGCGAUUCGAUUUCAUCGCGAUCUCUGGUCUUUCGAGGCCUCGAUUGACGGACUGUGGAAGUCCCAUACAGCACAGAUCGUUCCAUCCACAUAACGCCAAUUAUCUAAAAGAUGUCUUAAAGAUGUCCAGAGAAUGUUCGAGGACAUCCUUAGGAUAUUACUCGGAGAAGUGUGCUGUAGGCAGCAAUAUUGCAGCAACAUUGCGAACUUGCUUGCAAUAAGUCUGUUCGCGUUGUUUGAAAUCGCCCCCAAAAUUUUUGAACUUGGAAAUAAAUAUAUAUAUUCAGACGUCGAAGAGAGAAAAAAAGCGAAAAUACCGAGUACAAGUCUAUUGUUGCCGCAAGUUUCUGUGCUGCAUGGGAGGCGACGCGCGUGUUUCCAAUUGGCAUUCGUUCUUUGAUAAAUUACUUGUUGUGUGACUGGGAAACUGGAUCGACUCUCGAGUCUCCCGACGGCAAGAGUCCAUCCAUCCUGUUCCCAUCGUCGAUCGUAUCGUAACGCGAUAUCGCGCGUCGAGUGCGGCAACACGCGCACGCGUUCGAAUACACUGACAAUGAGCGCUCGCAAAACGUUCGUUACACUCGAGUCAAUUACAUAGCCGCCCCGCCCAACUAGUCUCGCCGAUCGAUCGCCUUUUCUUGCCGGAGGUCCUUCCUUCCUGGAGAACGCGCCUCGUCGCCGAGUCGCGUGCGCGCGACGAGAAAACAGAAGAUUUCUAUUCCUCGUCAAGUCAAUGAUCGACGAAUUUUGAAUGUCGGAGACGCGAACGAGAUGACGAUCGAUCGGGAUUGGCUACAAUUUCGCGGCGAGCAUGCGAAAUCGAACUCGACGAGGCGAUUCGACGAAGGGCCUCGUUUAUUUUCUAAUCAAAGUUUUCGCGUUCUAUCGCUGCUAUUGAUUACUGUAUAGUUAUCUCACUGUCGUUGUUAUAGCCUCUUAUGUUAUAAUUUAGAAAGUGCUGAAACUCCCCCCCCCCCCGACCCUCAACCCGCGUAAAUAUUGUAUAUUUGCAAAGACUGAAAGGCUGUAAGUACAUCAUUGCGCGGGCGUACUGCACUCGUACACACGAAAAAUAAAUACAAACUGUGUCUAUACGUUA